GUUACUGUACACGUAGUUGGUGUCAAAUCCUCAACAUGCGAGGCAUCGUACUAUUCUGUCUCUUUGUCUCCAUACUUAUGGUUUAUUCCCGAGCUGCACCAAGUGAAGAAAGCCGGGAGAAAUUGCGCGACAGUGCGUCACGCCUUCGUGAAACGUUGGAAAAGGUCUUCCAGAAUCUUCGAGAGAAGUUGAAGGAUAAAUUAGAAGCAUAUCUGGCUCAGGAUGAUUUGGGUGAGAAGCUGGCAGACGUGACCAAAAUAUUUCUCGAGCGUCUAAAUCAAAGGUUGCAGAAGUAUGUGGCCAAGUAGAUGGUUGAUAGUUAACAUCAAGAGACGAUUCUACCCUUCUUGAUGUGCACUAGCAACAGCUUUGCUAACCCAUCCACUGUACCAACCAUUUAGCUUCACUGCAAUACAGAUUCUGAUGUAAAAGUCGGUCAUCUUACAUCUUGUGCAAUUCAUUGGUAAAAUCCGG